AUGAUGAUGUAUCUGGGUGGAGACUUCCUGAGAAGAGGAUGAACUGAAGGACAAAGCCUUUGUUGUGUCACAUUUCUACAUAACGUCUGUGCUUCUCUGGGUUUAAGAUGCAGCUUUGUGGAGUCCUGACCGUCCUGGUAAUGAGUCUGUGCACAGCUCAUGGAUUAAGAUGUUACUCAUGUGUGACCACCGACCCUAAGAGCUGCACAAACAUAAUCACUUGUCCAGCCGGAUUGGACCGCUGUUCCUCCGUCUCUGCGCUUGGUGUCCUCACCAAGACCUGCAUAAGCAGUAACUUAUGUGUAUCUCCAAUCUCCUGCUGUCAGGGAGACUUGUGUAAUGGGGCCAUACCUACUGGUCCCAGUGCCGUCCUCUUGCUGGUGUCCUCAGCCAUAAUCACACUCUUUAUAUGAUGAUGUGGAAAAGCUUAACUAAUAAAGUAACUAACAUGA